ACUGGUGCCCCUCCCACCCACGUGUUUGUCUCCUCCAGUCUCCCCUCAAGGUAAAAAGAUGUCUUAUUGCAAGAAAGAAGGCAAGGAUGUGUCCAUAUUUGUGACCAAAGAGGACAUAGAGAAGCCAGAGAUGGUGACAAGCUUGGCAGAGGAUGACCUGUACGGGGUGGUCCUACCCAACGGGGAGCUCAACUGGGACUGUCCGUGUCUGGGGGGUAUGGCACACGGCACCUGUGGACAAGAAUUCAAGGAUGCCUUUUCAUGUUUUCACUACAGUACAGAGGAGGAGAAGGGCUCCGAUUGUAUCUCCCACUUCAGAGGCAUGCAAGAGUGCUUCCUCAAGUAUCCUGAGGAGUACAGUCGCUACAAUGAUGAUGAGGACGAGGAGGAAGGAAAUGAAGAAACAGAAGAUUCCCAGCCUCCGCAGACAGUAUCAAAUACUGAACCUAACUCUGUUGAUAGUAGUACUGAAUCAAGUUCUCAAUUGAAAGAAACAUCUUAAUAUUUUGUUUAUUGUGUUCAUGGAAAAUAUUUUGUUAACAAUUGUGACAUUGAGAUAAGAGAUUAUAUGAUUUUUGAUUUCA